UUUUUUUUAAAGGACAAGACAAAAACGAGAGGACAGUCAGGGUGUGUACACUGUACACUGUAGCCAACGAUACGCCCGGGGAAAUAGGCUACAUUGUUUAUCUUCACUUUAGGGGUGGGGCGUUUCUCUACAGGUGCGCUGCCUCAGCUCAGGUAGCCUACACAAACAAUAAAGCAUCAUCCUCCCGUUAUUCAAGCUUCAAGCACCAGCUGUAAUGUGCCCACCAUGGAGCUGAAAAGGUUUAUAGGUGGAUGCGUGCCUCCAUUUCUGAUCGCCGUCGUAUUUGAUGUCCUCGGUCUGAUUCUGCUUUUCGUCGGCAUAUUCGCCAACGUGCGCAUCGGCGACCGCUUUUACGGCGACUUCUUGAUCUACUCCGGCUCCCUGAUCAUUUUCUCCAGCCUGGGCUUCUGGUUAAUGUGGUACGUGGGGAACGUCCAGGUGUCGGAAGAAGACGAGGUCGGAUUGAAGAAGAGCAGCAGUAUCGUGCAGCUGGCCAGGAAACUAUCCGAGAGGUUGAGCCAGACGCUGAAAGCAGAGUCACGCGUAAAAUGUGUUGAGGAUGAUGAGGACUGCAGCCAGGUGGGAGCGCACAAGGCCAGCCGGGUGACGUGGGGCCGGUCCACGGCAUACCACAAUAAAGGCUACGACGACUGCCUGGACUCCCCUUCUAUGGAGAAGACAAUGGAAAUAGAACCAGAGGAAAAAACAGUGAUGUGAACUUCCACCUGAUGCCAUGAAUGGGUACCUUACUAUGAAAAAAUAGUUUAAAACUUGGUCACGUCAGCUGUGAUACAUUUCAUUAUUUGCUGCAGCAGGGACUUUAUGGAUGGUAUACUGCAGACAAUAUUAUGGGUGUUGGCAGCUUUCUCUGCCAAAACUAAAUGGAUAAAGAAAGGCAAUCUGACAUACCUUAGAAAUGAUGUUCACAGGCUGUAGACCAGGGGUUUCAAAGGAAAAUGAAUAUCACAACACGUGUAUAGUUUAUAGACAUGCUUUUAUCUAAGCAAAAAGUAAAAUAUCUUAUUGUAUCACUGUAUGACUCAUAUAGUCUCCUCUUUUAAAGAUUGGUCGACAUGAAGCCCAUCAAAGAGCCGACUCACAAAAGCCUGUUUUACAGCCUAAACAUUCAAACUCUCUGGCUCUGUGGGAAUUUCUGAGUCUCAAAGUCGGCAAAUUUGACAAAGUUUGCUCUGGGUUUCGCGUAAUUGCAGUUUUUUUUUUUUUGGCAAACAACUAGAAGGGCCAAAUUAUUUUGUAAACUUAAAUUGAUACGAUCAAGAGUGAGUUUGACACACGCUGUAGACGGUAGAAUACUGAGGUCCAAGGCACCUUAGUGCACUCCCCACACCCCUCAGGACAGUUGGAGAUGACACAAAAACAUUUCUGUCAUUGUUUUCACUUUCAACCCUUAAGAACUGUAAGUUUCUUGGAAAGAGUGUCUCAGCCUACUAAUAGGAAAAACAAAUAGAGUGAUCUCUCUAUCCCAAUGACUCAUUUCCCAUUAGGUGUUAGUGUAUCCUGUUUUAGUCAGUGCACAGUAGGUCACCUGAGCAUGCAAACAUGCGAUAUGGGUCCACUGUCAAGCAUACAAUUCCACAAAAAACCACAAUUUGAAUAUGACUCCAUUAAAAACUAUAUUUGAAUUUAAAUGUAAAGGUAAUGGAGCAGUUGAGGAAAUUCAUCCUUUUCCUUAAAUUGCAGCCACAUUUCAUAGUUCUCUCUAAGAAACUUUAGAAAGUUUGCACCUG